AUGAUAGACAUUGGUGAAAAUAAAAUUCAUGGUAACAUUCCUCCACAACUGGGACAUCUCUCUAGUCUUGAAGGACUAUAUCUUGGAUCGAACACGCUAUCAGGUGAAGUUCCUGUUAUAAUUUUCAACAUUUCUUCACUAAAAGUAAUAGCACUUGCAGCGAAUACUCUGUCCGGUAAACUUCCUUCAAACUUAGGCUAUAGUCUUCCAAAUCUUGAGGGACUUUAUCUUGGGAUUAAUAAUUUUAGUGGUAAACUUCCUAGCUCUAUUUCAAAUGCCACUAAGCUCAAAUUUCUUGAUCUUGGAAGGAACAUGUUUAGCGGAAACGUACCAUUUGAUCUAGGAAUAAAUCUCCAGCAGAUUCAAAGCAUCAACUUUCAGAGGAAUAUGCUUACAAAUGAUCCUUCUUCUACGGGCGAAAUAAGUUUUCUAAGUUCCUUCUCACAUUGCAAGUACUUGAAAUUUUUAAUGAUUGGAGACAACCAAUUUAAUGGCAUUCUUCCAAAAUCAUCCUUAACUAAUAUGUCGUUGUCUCUUGAGAGGUUCAUCGCCUUUUACUGUGGAAUCAGGGGGGAAAUCCCAGUUGAAAUUGGUAACUGGACUAACUUGUCGUGGUUAACACUGGGAUCGAAUGAGUUUAUUGGUUCGAUUCCUCAAGAAUUAGGAAACUUGAAAAAGUUGCAAACUUUGAGAUUGUAUGAGAAUUAA